AUGGGAUCCCUCACUUCGGCACCAGUCUUACGGUUGAAAUGUUAUAAGAAUACAGCUUCGAUUUUAAAAGUUCCUCUACGUUGGUCUUCGACACAUCUCAAAUGUUCCGAAAAGCUUCUCGCUCAGCCGGCAGAUCACACUUUCGACUAUCUCACACCCACCCCUUCACAUCUUCUCAAUAUAACUCUAGCAGACAUUCUGCCCAAAGAGUGCUACCCAUCUGGCUUCAAUACUUCUAAUCUCGCUCUCCCUCAUGUUCCUUUUCCUUCAAAAGAGAGUGGUCCAUCAACUCACCCUCAAAUCCCACAAGGACAUCAUCUUGUCUAUUUCUCGCCGCAGGUCCUCGGCAAAGACCUCCUCUCCGAUGGCACUGAUCCGUUACAAUCCCCUGGACCUCCGUUCCUUCGCCGGAUGUGGGCUGGAGGGUCUCUUCUGUAUCCUACCAACAAGUCUCAGCAACUGAGGUCCGAUAGAACUAGAUCAACGUGCAGAGAGUCUAUUGCGAAGGUUGAGCUCAAAGGCACAGGGACUGAUGAGAAGGUUUUCGUGACUAUAGACAGACAUAUAACUAAAGGUUCUGAAGAUGUGAGCCAAGACUUUGACUCGAAGAAUGUUGCAAUGUUAGAGAAGAGGAAUUUGGUUUUCUUCCAGGAAAUUACUCCCGAGGAGGCAAGCGAACGCGCGAAUCGUCCUGGCAAGAUAUUAACGGUUCCUUCAAAAUUCGUGCCAGACAUUCGUGUUCCAAUCACGCCAACCAAGACACUACUAGCGCGCUUCUCAGCUCUCUCAUUCAAUGCGCAUGGCAUCCACCUUGAUCCUCAGUACUGUCGAGAGAAGGAGGGUUAUAAGAACCUGCUCGUCCACGGGCCACUGUCGUUAAUUCUCAUGCUUUCUGUGCUCAGAAACCAAAUUGGGAAGAACAUCGUAUACAAAUUCGAUUAUCGCAACCUUGCACCGUUGUAUGUGGAUGAAACUAUGAACGUUUGCGUGCAACGGAAUCAGGAGUAUUUAGAUUCGAAGAGCCCGAAGCAGAGAAAGUAUGAUGUUUGGAUCGAAGGCAGUGGUGGUGGGUUUGCUGUUAAGGGGACUGCCUUAGUCGGACCUCUAGGUGAAAGUGAUGAGUUUGUGUAUGAUAGUAUCGAUGAGAUGAGUGAAUCGCUCGUAUAA